AUGUCCACUUCAACUCUGCCCAUCAUCGAUCUCGACAUAUAUCUUGGCGAGUCACAGUCCGACCCCAGGGUUCUAACUGAAUGCUCAAAAGCAGCUGACGCCUUGAUCGCCUACGGCGCCCUCAUUUUACACGAUUCACGCGUUUCUGAGGCCGACAAUUCCAGCUUCCUGGAUUUGAUGGAGGACUAUUUUGCGCAACCAACUUCAUUGCUCAAGCAGGAUGAACGGCCAGAACUCGGGUAUCAGAUCGGUGUCACUCUGGAGAAUACAGAAAAACCCAAGUGCGCGGUCGACGAACCUUGCUUGAGGGUAAUCGAGCGCCUGGAACCAGCAGAACGCCCCUUGGAUGUUUCAGGACAUCAACCCGACCCCAAGUGCCGGUUCUUCUGGAGAAUGGGCGAUACUCCACCGUAUGAAACGGCAUUUCCCUCCCUGAACGCAUCAAAUAUCGUCCCUGAAGCUCCUGCCCUCAAAGAGCGGUGGACUCCAGUCAUGGAGAAGUGGGGGAAAUCAAUGAAAACAGCCGUAGAAGAUCUCACCGAAAUGAUUGCUCUCGGGCUCGGUCUCCCGCGAUCUACUUUCCGAGAGGCCGGCAAGUAUGGUCCCCAUUUACUCGCGCCAACGGCAUCCGAUCUCGUCAAAUACGGGCAUAAAGAUACGAUUCUCGCGGGAUUCCACACCGACUUGAACUUCUUGACUAUUCACGGUCGCAGUCGCUAUCCCGGACUACAUAUAUGGGCCCGCAAUACCGGCAAACGCAUCGCGGUCAGAUUUCCUGAGCCUGUAACAGGUCGCUAUCUAUUGGUGCAAGCCGGCAAACAAAUAGAACACAUCAGUGGCGGAUUGAUCAAGGCCGGUUAUCACGAGGUCGUUGUCAACGAGUCCACAAUCGAGACUUUAAAUUAUCGGAAGCUCAGGGUUCCUGACCGCCCACUCAUACGCAUCUCGUCCACGUUUUUCUGGCAUCUCUCGUCUGACUGGGAUCUCAGUCCUAUUUCUCUACUUGUGGAUAAAGCUCGAGUUAUGCAAGCGGAUGCGAUCAAUAUAGGCAAGGAGGAGGAGGAUCACGCCGUAUACCAACCGAUGAAAGUGGGCCAACAGGUGCAGAAUGAGCUGAGGCACAUUGCUCUUAUGGCUUAACCAAGCGAAUGGGUUCACUCGUGAAGGAGCCGACACCAUCAUCUGACUGAUGACGGCGUUUGUGCAUGCGACAUGAAUCGUUCCUUUACGGCUUCUGAACCUGAUUUCAUGAACCCGCUUUCAGGCUUCCUUUGCACAGCCCUUUAUUUGCCGAGCAUUCGUGCUAGCAUAUAUGCGUAGUAGCGGCCUGUCGCGUAUCACACGCUCACACCUUCAUCCUAGCAUAUGGCAAUGUUAUUCAG